AUGGACAAGUACAACCAAUCAUCGUCAACGAAGAGCGGCGGCGGCGGCAGCGGCGGAGAGAUAAAGUACAGAGGCGUCAGAAAGCGGCCGUGGGGGAAGUACGCGGCGGAGAUACGCGACUCCGCGAGGCAUGGCGCGAGAGUGUGGCUGGGGACGUUCGGCUCGGCGGAGGAGGCGGCAAGGGCGUACGACAGGGCGGCGUACGCCAUGCGGGGCCACCUGGCGAUUCUCAACUUCCCCGGAGAGUACAACUUGCCAAGCACGUCGUCCCACUUCGCCGCCGCUUCGGGCUCGAAGAGGGAAGUGAUCGAGUUCGAGUACUUUGACGAUAAGUUGCUCGAAGAGCUUCUUGAUUACAAUGACGACGACGACCAAUCGGGGAAGUAAACCAGGGGUAUGAAUGUAAUUUCAACCAAUAUGGCGAAAAUAAAUAAAUAAAUAAAUAGAAAUAUUCAAUAUAUGAAUU